AUGCACCGCUCCAUGUCUCCAAUACCACGCACUGCUCCAUGCCUGCAAUACCAUGCACCGUUCAAUGCCUCCAAUACCACGAACCGCUCCAUGCCUGCAAUACCAUGCACCGCUCAAUGCCUCCAAUAUCACAAACCGCUCCAUGCCUGCAAUACCAUGCACCGCUCAAUGCCUCCAAUACCAUGCACCACUCCAUAUCUCCACUACCACGCCUUGCUCCAUGCCUCCAAAACCACGCACCGCUCAAUGCCUCCAAUACCACGAACCGCUCCAUGCCUCCACUACAACGCACCACUCCAUGACUCCACUACCACACACCGCUCCGUGCCUGCAAUACCAUGCACCGCUCAAUGCCUCCAAUACCACGCCCCACUCCAUGCCUCCAAUACCAUGCACCGCUCCAUGUCUCCAAUACCAUGCACCGCUCCAUGCCUCCAAUACCACGAACCGCUCCAUGCCUGCAAUACCACAAACCGCUCCAUGCUCCAAUACCAUCAACCGCUCCAUGCCUCCACUACCAUGCACCGCUCCAUGUCUCCAAUACCACGCACCGCUCCAUGCCUGCAAUACCGCCGCUCCAGCACGCCACUACCAUGCAAGCUCCAUGUCUCCAAUACCACGAACGGCUCCAUGCCUCCACUACCAUGCAAUACCACUCGCAUGCCAUCUGCCUCAAUACACCAUAUUCCAUGCAUACCAUACCACAC